AUGGAUGUACCAGAGGGGAAUGGAAACCCUUUGGGCAAUGGACUCGGUCGAGCUAGGCAAACUCGACCGAUUGGUCAAGGAGAUGCUCCAAACCGCCACCAACAGAGACAAGGGAUUGUUCCACCACCAGUGCAGAACCACAACUUUGAGAUCAAGCUGGGAAUGAUCAACCUUGUCCAGAACAAGAUGUUCCAUGGAUUGCCAAGUGAAGACCCCAUUGACCACCUUGAUGAGUUUGAUAGGCUUUGUGAUUUGACAAAGAUCAAUGGUGUCUCUGAAGAUGCCAUCAAGCUGAGACUCUUUCCUAUGUCUCUAGCUGACAAAGCUCACCAAUGGGAGAAGAGCUUGCCCCAUGGCACAAUCAC